UCUCUCUCUCUCUCUCUCUCUCUCUCUCCCCCCUCGAUCUCGAUCUCGGCCUCAAUCGAUUCCGAUUUCGAUAACCCUAAUUCGCCUCCCCUAUCCCUCGAUCUCGACCUUCAUUCCCUCUCGCUGUUGUUGUGAUUCAUGAAGCGAUCGAAGUGUCGGGCGAUCAAGGCGGCUCUAGGGUUCCUCGAGUCCGUGCUCAUGGGGUGCUUCUUCGCGUGCUUUAGAAUCAAGGACGACGAGCGGAGGAAGACCCCUCCGCGUCAGAUUUCGAUCUCUUCGAACGGUGGGGAUAAUCUCUUGUCGAAGAACAAUCUCGGAUCGGUGUUUCUGAGUGAGGAUAAAGACAUCGAAGAAUGUGGUUCUCCAUGCGGGUUUAACCCGAAUCAAAGUUUUCAGGAGGUUUUUGAUGAUGACAACAUCAAUGGGGAUCUCAAACGUGAGGCCAAGUACCUCAAAUCUUGUGGUGCAAUAUCGGAAACUCCUGCGGAAAUACGGAAAACUUUGAGCAAAACAGUCGUUAGAAAUUCUAAUGAGGAUGACUCGUCUCCGGAAUCCUUCUCAUUCCAUCAAAAAUCAUCUUAUAAGGAACUUCAGCUGGAUGUACAGUGUAAUGAAGUGUCUGAUGUUCCACCACAGCUAGAAGAAAACUCGAGUUCUCCAGAAAUGUUAUUGGAAGGAUCCGUGUCUGAUAAAAACCAGAUUCCAAGGGCUGGUAUGAAUGAAAUUGAAUUACGGUUUAAAAGUGAUAAUUUUGACAAAUCCCCCUCUCCGAAUGACAUCAAAAUUCAGCAACCCUAUGCUAGUGAUUCUCCUUAUCCAACUCCUCUGAUUUUGACCGAUGAAAUGCAAACUCCCGCAACAAUUCACCCGUCCCGCAUCGAAAACACUAGGACCGGGAAGCGUGCUAGGAUCCGCACUCAGUAUGCUUAUCCUGUCCUGAAACCUAUAGACAAUUUACCACACCGGAAAUCACUAAGCGAAAACUCAUCUUGUACAAAGAAGCUAGUACCAAAUGCAAUCUCUCCUGUGUCUAAAGAUUCAGAGGUUUCUAAGACAAGAAGGUCAGUGUUUGCAACUCCAAAUAACAAGGAAAACCUAGGCAAGGAGAAUGCCAAUAAUAAUGAGGAGCCUCUCUAUGCCAAUAGUAAUAAUCGUGCACAGCAAAUUUCGCACAGCAAAGAUGAAGUUAUAGACGCUCCAAACCUUCUUGUUCCGAGCUUUUCUCAAUGGCUGAAGCCGACGACUCUGAAGGAUGAGAAAGAGGAUAUUAUGGACAUUAAAGAGAGCUAUGAUGUGGAUAGACCUAUUAUUGGGAUUUUCGAUGAAAACUGGAGGGACGAUGGGUGUACUCGUGAAUCGCCCAAAUGUUGGGAUCGAAAUGGAAUUCCAAAUUCGACGACCAAAUACAAGGAGGAUCAGAAGGUUAGUUGGCAUGCUACCCCUUUUGAAGAAAGGCUAGAGAAGGCUUUGUCAGAUGAGAAAUUAUUCCCUCAAAGGAAGCAACUGGGAGGAAGACUAAUUGAGCUCGAGGAAGUAAACGAAGAGUGCGGUUCACCAGCUUCGCAGUAACAGAUCAAGAGAAUUUGAUCUGCUGAGGAAAUUACCUGCCAUGAAUUCUAUACAUAAAGUGAUAAAUCCAUUAAAUUCCCUUCGAAUUUACCUUGUAACCUGUAGCCAUUCUGUCGAAGCUUCGGCUCACUGUUGUUGUGACUUGUGACUUGUGACUUGUGACUGCUUCCUCUUCCAUCAAGCAGAGGAACUUUCAGUUCUGAACUAUUUCAUCAUAAAAGG